UAUUUGUUGGUGAGCUUAUAUCUGAGGAUGGGGAAUAUCUUGAGCAGUGGUUGGAAUCUUGAAAUUUGCUCGUACUGUACUUCGAUCACAAGUACGAGUACGAAUUUUGUUAACGAACUUCCAACCAUUGAUCCGGAGGCUGAAAAAUCAUUGAGGAUUCCAAACCUGCUCAUAAACACGGAUAUGAAUACAGAUAAUAUCAAUGCGGAUAUCCGCCUGUGUCCGCCGUAAAUAUCCGGAUACGGAUACUAAAAUCAGUAUACCUAAGCAGGUCUGGAAAAUACUCCUGUAGCCUUUGGUCCUCUGGAUCCUUUGGAUAUCCCUUUGAAUUAUAAAAAAGAAAAAAGAGUCUACUUUAAUUAA